AUGCUGGUGACCACCACGAACACCGUCCAGGGCAAGGAACUGGAUUACAAGGGACUGGUAACGGGUGAGGCAAUUCUUGGUGCCAAUCUGUUCAAGGAUCUGUUCGCCGGUAUCCGGGAUAUCGUCGGCGGACGUUCGGGUGCCUAUGAGGAAGAGCUUGCCAAGGCACGCGAAAUAGCCGUCAACGAAAUGUGCCAGCAGGCCCAGGCAAUGGGCGCGAACGCGGUUAUCGGUGUCGAUCUCGACUAUGAGACUGUUGGUCAGAACGGUUCGAUGCUGAUGGUCAGCGCAACCGGCACGGCAGUCUGGAUCCGGUAG